AUGGGAACUGCCGCCAACCUGCGGGAUAUCAGAAUUCUUGCCAAGGCCACCAUUGAUGCUAUUCAAAUUACGUAUGAGAACAACGGGAAGAUUGCAUGGACUCCCCGGUAUGGGGGCAACGGCGGGGACUCCAAUGAUGUUACCUUCGAGGAAGGGGAAUUCCUUACCUAUAUAUGCGGUUAUUAUGGUCCCUUCCGGGACAUGCCAAACAUGAUAAGAUCACAUACUUUCGUCACCAGCACCAAUAGGACAUAUGGACCGUAUGGCGAGCAGCAGGGAACCACAUUCUCCAAUCUCCAUUCCACUGGCAGCCGGUAA